UAAAAAGCAGGAGCAGAACAAAAUGUCGGAUUCUUCAAACUCGUUGGAAGUCAUGGCUCUCACCAGCGGCAAAGCGCAGUGGAUUGCGCGAAGAGCAAUCCAAGCCUUGUCGCAUUCUCACCCUCGUCCUCAACCUCGCGCAACCUGUUUCCGUCGCCUCUCUUACCCUCCGACCCGUCGCCGCUUCUCACCUCUCCUUUCGCCUCAUGGCCAUUCAGCUUCACAAAUGUGUCACCUGGCACAAGCUGUAAAGAGAAACGAGGAUGAUUUACUUAAAGGACUGAGGGACAAGAAUGUCAUCGAAGAAGUGAAGCACAUUCUUGAAAUGGCAAAAAGGGCAUCAUCAAGAAAUAUAGUUUUGCACACCGAUUUUCUCACCCCUCCAGUGCAGAAUGAGUCUAUGCUUCUCUUGGAAAAGCUUGCUGACAUCAAAGCCGUAUCUCAAGGAGGAUAUCCACAGGCUGAGCGAUGCAGGAUUUCCAUCGGGCAUAUUGAGACUUUGUCCAGUGAACCCGAUAUAGUUGCAGCAGUAAGUAUCACAGGGAAUUUUUCAUUUGACUCGUGUUCUCAUGGAGACGUCCUUGGUGCAAUUCUUGGGACAGGAAUUGCGAGGGAAAAACUUGGAGAUAUUCUCUUGCGGGGAGAAAGAGGGGCUCAAAUCCUCAUUGUUCCUGAACUUGUGGACUUUAUCAUGGCAACUCUGGAUAAGGUUGGUAAUGUUCCAGUCUCUUGCACAAGGAUACCACUGCUCGCCCUUGAAUAUGAAUCCCCAAGGACCAAGUCAUUCAGAUCUGUGGAAGCAUCGUUAAGGGUUGAUGCUCUGGCUAGUGCAGGAUUUAAGAUGUCUCGGUCAAAGCUAGCUACUUUAAUCAGUAAUGGUGAUGUGCGUGUUAAUUGGACAACCGUAACAAAAAACGGAACUACACUCAAGAGUGGGGAUAUUGUCUCUGUUAGUGGUCAAGGGAGAUUAAAGAUAGGGGAAAUCAUCACAACAAGAAAAGGUAAAUUUGCAGUGGAGCUCAUUCGAUACCUGUAAACUUCAACAACAUCGACGUUAUCAUUGUCGGCAAGUUGUCUUUCAGAAAAGUGGAUCCUUUUUCUCAUAUCUUUACAUCAUCCUUGCUUGGGAGUUGAAACUGUUCUCGCAGAGGAUUAAAAAAAUCAUCCAUCGAGUACACCUGAGAUUUCGAGUUUCGGGUAUCUGUUGAGUGUUGAUGGAGUAACAUUGGUUGAUGGUAUAUGUUAGACAUUUGGAAAAGUUUCAUUGGUGGCGAUGACUAUUUUCGAUGGAGAACUUUUCCAAUUCAAUUCA